UGAUCAUUCCAACAGCUGAGCAGACACACAAUGGAACAUGGAAAUGCCAGAUGUAUAGUGAGACUGAAAUCAACAUUUCCGCCACUGAACUUGUUGUUUGGGAAAAUAAUUUCAUAGCUGUAACACCUUUAGUGAGUGCUGUGAGUGGCGAAAUAACUUCAAUUUUAUGCCGUACUGUUUUCACAUCUCGAAUGACAGCACCAAGCCUUGCUACUUGCUGGUUCAUUCACCCUGAUGGUACAAUUAUUUCACCACAGUACAAUUCAUCAGUUCUAAACAGCAUCUACAAGUAUUAUGGUCAGGGCUUAGAUCAUGGUGAAUGUGGUCUGACAAUAAAUGCUGCCAGUAAAAGAGAUGAAGGAAAAUGGUUCUGCAUUGGACAGCUGCAUGGCUCCCUUACAGAAACAUAUGCUGAAGUAAAUGUCAGUAUUCAUGAGUCACCGAAUAUUUCUCCCAAUGAAGCAUCUGUUUUGGAAAAUGAAAACAUUUAUUUUAAGCUGGAUGUUGCAGUCCCUAUCAGUUCAUCUUGUAUGGCAACAACUCCAAAUGGAACUGUUCUUGAUCUUCUGAAUCUAAGCUCUCCAGAUCUCAGAUACUGGGGUUUACAUUCAGAUUCAAGUGAAUGUGGCAUUAUUAUAGGUGAAGGUUCCACUUCAGGCACUUAUGGUCCUGAAAAGUGGACCCUUUCAGCAGAAUCUCCUUCUGGGACCAAAGUUACUGCAUCUGCAUGGAAGAUAACUGUCAAAGAUAGAGAAACUCUAUUGGGACAAUCUAAAACAAUCAUCAUCAAAAUAGGAGAUAAUGUUGACUUAGACUGCAAUGAAACCGGAGCUCUUUACUGCACUUUUGUACCUCCUAACUCAAAUGAUAAACUCCUUGGUCCUGGUCCUUGCACAUUGACACUGGACCAUGUUACAGCCAGAGAAGUUGGAAUGUGGACCUGUUAUGUUGGCAUUAAGAAUAUGUCUAAGGAAUUUAAAAAGACUAUUGAACUUGUCCUUGAAGAUGAAACAGAAUCAGUAGGAUGGAAGAAGUCAGACUGGAAAGCAGGAGCUGUUGACCUUUAUUGCAAUGUUAAAAGAGUGUUGGAGUACUGUCGUUUUGUGAAACCAUCUGGAGAGUCAUUCAGAGCUGCUGAAGGACUUGGAAUAAGUGGUUUAAUUUAUUAUGGGAAGGGUCUUCAAAGUGGAGAUUGUGGAAUCACUGUGUCAGCCUUGUCAGAAGAGGAUUUUGGUACUUGGAGAUGUAUCCUUGGUGUGUCUGUUGAGGGCACCAUAGAGACAGAGACAAGGCUCAUCAACAUUCAUGGCACCACAAAAGAUGAAAUAAAAGAACUGAAAACUGAGAGGCGAAAAGAAAUUGUUUUGGUUGGGUCUGAGCUAUUUGUAUCAUGUCAAGCUGACCACAGUUUAAGUUACUGUUGGAUAAGGCACCCCAAUGGAACCAGAGUGAAUGCAAAUACUGAUCUUCUGUCAGGAAGUUGUAUGGCAGUAACUAUUGCAAAUAUGGAAGAUGCUGGUCCAUGGGAAUGUCAUCUUGGCCUACCAAAUGAAGAAAAAGUCGGUUACAUUGAUGUCACUGUUACAGGAUCAAGACUGUAUGCUGAUAAAGCAGUCACACUAAGUGGUAAUUCAGCAUCUUUCAUUUGUCACUCAGUACCUACUGGACAUAGCUUGAAGUACUGCCGCUUUGUUAGGCCUGAUGGGAAAGGCUUCAGAUUGACUGAUGAAUCUAUUUAUGAACAUUAUAGUUACAAUGGUGCUGGUCUACAAUAUGGAGACUGUGGUUUGAAAAUCCACAAACUUGGACAACAAGAUAUUGGACAGUGGAUAUGUGCAGCUCUUGUACUUGGUGAAAGAAUAGAAGGUAGUGCCUCAGUCAUGAUUACUCAAGAAGAUCUGUCUUGGUCUUUAGGCACUAUUAUAGGUACAAUAGUGGGAGCAUUAAUGUUUGUCACAGGUGUUGCUAUUUUUGGUGUAUGGUACCUGAGGAAAAAGAGGAAAGCUCCACAACAAAGACAUUCAAUUGAUGCAGCAUCAAAUACAAGCUCACAAGAAGAACGUAGUAGUCCUUAAUAAUUAUGGAAUUGUAAAACCAUUACCAUUUAUCACUGAAUGGAUGGACUGAUGUAACAAGCUUGUAACUCCAUAAGCUUGAUUAUCCCUUUAGAUUAGGAGCAACAGCUACCU